AUGACAAGGAACCACAACAACAACUCCUUGAACAACUUGAACGCAUCUGGAAAUGGUGCAUGGUACCGGACGCGAAGCCCAGGUGCUGUUCUGCCUCUCUCCGCUUCAUUUGGGAGAAUGACUACUCUAGUCCCGUUCCCAGACCUUAAUCUCAUGCCGGAUUCCCCACCCCCCGAAACCGCCUCCCACACAGGAAUCACCGCCGUACGGUCAUUGGCUCCGACCCUAGAUGUUGAGAGAAACUCCCUCGCGAUCUUCCCCGUACCGGGUCACGAAAACCACCAUGCUCCGGUGGUUCAAACACUCCACCAAGACAACCAGGAACUUGACCGGUAUGUCUUCAAACGGACUCGAAUGAUCUACGACUCUCUCCUGCUUCAGCUCACUGUGGAGUACGGACCUAAUCCCAAGCCAGCCGUCAAUGUCAGGGCUUCGAAACUGAUGGAAGAACGUGGGUUGUGGCUGAACAAGGGCCAACACUUGGUAGGUCCAGUCCCCGGGGUUGAGAUCGGGGACAUAUUCUUUUACCGCAAGGAGCUUUGCAUGUACGGCUUACACCGCCAUUCACAAGCCGGGAUUGAAUACACAAAGGCUAGGCUAAGCUCCUUUGGCGUGCCUAUAGCAACCAGCAUCAUCGCAUCGGGUGGCUACGAGGACAAUGAGGACAGAGGAGAUGUACUGGUUUAUUCGGGCCAGGGUGGUCGGGACAAAUCCGGGCAGCAACGUCAGCACCAGAAGCUAGUACGUGGGAAUCUUGCUAUGGUACAAAGCAUGCAACUCGGUGUCCCGGUACGCGUCAUUCGCGGGUUUCACUACAAAAACGAAGUCAGCUCGAAUGUGUUCAUCUACGACGGCCUGUACAGGAUCGUAAAGUCCAGCCGUGUUAGAAAGUCAGGGUUUGAUAUCUUCAAGUUUACACUUGUUAGAAUCCAAGGACAGCCCGAGAUGGGCAGUGCAAGACUGAUGCGUGCGCUAACACUUAGAAACACGCCAUUGGCUUGGAUGCCUGCUGGGUAUAUAAGCUUUAACCUUUAUGGUAAAAACGAGGGUGUCCCGGUGUAUCUGUAUAACGACAUUGACUAUGACCGCUCACCGCUGAACUAUGGCUACAUCUCGCAAUCUGACAUUAGUAGUGUGAUUGCUGCUCAAGGAGGGAACAACGGUGGAUGCGAUUGUAACCUCUCAUGCACUGAUGAUUGUAUAUGCGUGAGGAAGAAUGGUGGUGAGCUUCCUUACAGCCCUUAUGGAUCUUUGUUGAGAGGGAAACACGUUAUUUUCGAAUGCGGGGUUACUUGCAAGUGCACUUCUGGUUGCACGAACCGUGUCGCGCAAAGGGGGUUGAUGAAGAAGAUGGAAGUUUUCCGAACCAGGGAAGCUGGUUGGGGUGUUAGGUCGCUGGAUUUGAUUCACGCGGGCGAGUUUAUCUGUGAGUAUGCUGGUACUGUGGUCACAAAAGAGCUAGGGGAGAUUAUGUCGAUGAACGGGGAUGGUCUGGUCUAUCCGGGACGGUUUGCUGCAAACUGGAAGUUGUGGGGUGAUUUAUCUGAUGUUUACCCGGGUAAUGUCCCGCCGAGUUAUCCUACUAUUCCGCCAGUUGAUUAUGCAAUUGACGUGUCGAGGGUGAGAAGCGUGGCUGCUUUCAUUCGUCACAGCAGAGAACCAAAUGUGAUGGCUCAGUUUGUGUUCCAUGACCAUAACAACUUGAAGUUUCCUCGCGUCAUGCUUUUUGCACUGGAGAACAUCUCACCGUUAACCGAGCUAAGCCUGGACUAUGUGGUGGUCGAUGAAGUGGACGAGAGACUCGCCAUCCGUGGCUGAGUAGUUUCCAAAGCUUGUUUCUGUAUUUUUCUUUUCUUUUUUUUUUUUGUUGUGUCUUACAAACUAAAGCUUUUGAAUUCGUUUCUCCAGAUUUUCCUUUAUCUUUCUGCAAGUUAAUGUGUCAUAUUAUUUUUUGUAUUAUCUCAUCUGAUCUGAUAUUUUUGAGAGUAUUAUUAUUUUCUGAGGCGUAUGAAAAAGUCAUAAGAGUAUGAUUUCACUUUCAUGACCAAGACAUUAAGUAGACAUACU